AUGCACUAAAAUAAUGCUGAUCUAAUUAGACCUGGAUGCAGAGGAGGACAUGAUUAAUUCAAUUGGGAGUCUCUGAGAACAAUGAAGUAUCAUGAUCGUGAAUAAUAUUUGGGAUAAACAACAAUAAUUGGUUAUUUGGAUAAGGGAGGGAAGUGGAGAAAGAAAGAUUGGUACAUUAAACCUGAAGAUCGUGGUGAUUUGGAUUUUAAUAGAUUGGAUGAUGAAUUUAAAAGGGCGAAAGAGGAGGACGAGAGAAGAAUAAGGAUAGCGUUGGGAUUGGAAUAACCAGAAGAUUAAAAGUCGAUGCAAGUGAAGUUGACCAAAGAGGAAAUGGCUUAGUUAACAAAGAAAUCCAAAAUAGAUUUUGAUGAUGAAUUGAAUAAUGAGAAGAAAGGAUUAGGAAAUGGUCCAAUGCAAAGGUAGACCAAGAAUACAGAGGCAUAAUAUUUAUUAGAAGCUUAUGGUGAAUAAGACUAAUACUAAGUUUAAGUGAAGAAGGAAGAGGAUGGAUGUGUUGAGAAGAAGAUUAAGAAGGAGAAAAAGAAGAAGGAGAAGAAAGAGAAGAAAAGUAAGGAGGAAAAAAAGCACAAAAAGCAUAAGGAUAGUGAAGAAAAAAAAGAGAGGAAAAAAAAGAAAUGA